GGUUUCCUCGGUCGAAGCUACCCCAAAAACCCCAUGGAUCUCCUAGGUCCCGUUCCCCCACGGCCCCUCCCUCCACCCAGGGUUGUACCCCCCCUCGCAGAAGAUGACAACCUGAAUUGGGAGGUCGGUCCCCACCCCCCCCCCUGGGAAAGCCCCGAGUUAGCCCGGAAUCCCGGAAUUAAUGCAAGUAAACCAGGUUUUCCCAUUGCCAGUUCCCCCCCCCCUCCCACGGUUGUAACCCGGCCGGUUGGACACGUGGGUUCCCUGGCCCCCAACCCCCCUUGGUACCCCAAUGGAUCCCGGCGAAGGAACCUGUUUUUGUUUCAAAAAGGGCCAAUCAAAGGCGAGAAUUUCCCCAAGGACCCUGGAGUAGGUCGGGGUCCCCAGAGAAAACCAAUUCAUGUUCCCCAUAAUGACCUUUUCUUGGCCCCCGGACCAACCCCGAUAUUUUUUAAUUGGACUAACGCUACCAAG